AUGUCGCAGCAUCGGGACGCCAACAUGUUUGAUGAAGAUGAGCAAAUGACGAUGCCGAAGCGGAGCGCGAGACGUGCUUCUGUGGCAGUCGGAACUGGCGUCGGUGUCGGUGGCGGUGGCGGUCAUGCUGUCACCAAUCGCGACGCAGACGUCAGUUUCAAAGCGCGAGAGGUCGUUGACGCAUACGCAGGGCAUACCGCACCCGCCGCUCCUGGGUCUGCAAGGCAAUCCUAUCUCCAAGUCAGCGAGCCUACUACAAGAACAAGCAAUCCCAAGGGCAAGCAGUCGUUCGACCCACGACUGUACGAGAACCGCUACGGCGACGCAGUCGGUGCCGCCGGUCACACGCGCAGGCAUACGGUGGCCCGGAGCAUGUCGACGAAAGAUCGCGCAGCAGUACAGUCGCAUCUACAAAGUGCGGCUGCGAAACCAGCCGUCCGAGGCCUAGCGCCGCUCCUCAGCGAAGAUCCGCUUGCCCCCGGACCGCAGUCCAUCGAAGAGAACGGUCCUGCAACGCCUGAGGACAUCCAGCAUUGGCUUGUUGACGUGCGCGCUACAAUCUUGUCUCGGAUGGGAGACAGAGUGAUGCUUGAUGGGAAUACUGCCGCGCAGAGCAGCGGCAUCGCGGCUCGACACGCCAUACCAGGCAACGAAGAUGCUCAUGUCCAUCAGCAGUAUGAUGAGCAGAACCUCGCUGCCACAAUGCCGAUGUCUCCGGGGCAUAGCGCACCGAUGAAUCAGCAACAAUUCUUUAGCCAUCUCAGACGGCAGGCGGAGCAGGUAGUCAUGGCUGCUGUUUCGUGUGACAUACCGGACGACAUCGCAGCUCAAGAGCUUCAUGACUUGUGGGUCGCCAUGAGCGAUACCGACGCCACGGAUACCGACGCAGAGAAAGUGAGGACCGAAAAAGAUGUGAAACCACGGAGCAGACCUGCACUUGCUGUCCGGAAGCAGUCAUUUCUGCAAGUGACGAGUCCUGAAGAGGAGGACGAUCCCACUAUGACCGGAUGCUCAUGGAACGCCCAGUCCAGACGAGGACAGCAGUCCUGCUCGCAGAAAAAUGGUAACGCCUGUAGGAUAUCAUCCCGUGAGCCCGACACCGAGCAGUUUCCGAUGCCUACAAGAUCCGGACCAAGCUCGCUACAGCCAUAUCGACGCGCUCUCUCUCCGCCUCCGGAGAAUUGGCUGACAGAGGAUCCGAGAAAAGACAGUCUGACAAUGGCUGCGAACGGCACGCCCAAGGCCGCUCGCGAACAACGCGAAUAUCAGGACGAACCCUCUACCACAGCCAAGCGCAGUGCGGACGUCCUGGCAAGACUGUACUCGACAAAAACGACAUCCUGGCAAGCCAAACAGAAGCCAUCGCUAGGUCCAUAUAGCGCUUCGGCUGCCAUGUCACAGCCAAGAUGGUCUGCGGUCGGGCGUCCCGGUCCGUCAUCCUCGAGAGUUCCGAGAGGGCGUCCCGAUACUGCGAUGGCUAGAGCUAUGAAUACUGAUGAGAAGCGGCUGAUGAGGUCGAGGUCCAGAAGUACCGUGCGGAGGAGGCGGCGAACAGCCAGCGCGGACUCUUCAAUCUCAACCAAACCGGGGUCCUGUAGGCGCGAAUAUCAACCACUGUCGGCGAGGGCCGACCGCUCAACUUCACGUGUUCCACCGCCUCGAGCACGAGACCCGCCGUCUACAGCGCAUCCCAAGCUCAGGCAAUCCACAUUCGCCAGAAGUCUGAGGCCCGAUCCCUUUGGGCCCAAGCCGGAGGUCAGUACGCGGAUGUCGGACAGAAACAAUGCGAGCAUAAGGGCAGCUCGCCAGGCGACUGAUGCCUAUCCUGGUGCAACCAGUCGUAGGGCGCCUCUCGAGACUCGAGACAGUCUAUCCUCGCCUCGAACAGACAUACGGAAAGGGCCUGACGCUACAAUAGCUCGAGAGUCGACCCCCAAAGUGCCAUGUUGGGAGCGUUUAUCGCAACAGCCCACAACGUCCUGGUCUUCGAAAGGUAAAGCCCCGAUUAGGAACGACGAUCAUCAACGUCAUCUACGCAGUGACCGGCAUGAUAGGCAGCGCUCGAUACAUGCCAAUCCCAAGCCGACCGGUACUGCAAGAAUCUCCGUUGUGGGCGAAGAUUUCGUUACAGCUAUGGAAGGCAAAGUUUGUGAUAAGUCCUUCGAUGCUCAGAAGUAUAACGUCGACGACGACUUCGGAGGUCGGACACGGCAAGAUUCUGGACGCCGCGCUGUAGCUCCCGGCGUCACAGACCAGUACAGGCAUGCCCAGCCUCCGGCGUCGUCACAAGACUUGGAUCUCCCUUUGCCGAUAGAUCGUGACGGGAGCAGAACAUCCUUUCACGAAGAUAUAGGCUGGGUUUUCAGUUCUACCGGCCAAAGGCAUUUAGCCGGACAUGCUUCGCCCAAUGAUGCACCAUCGGUCCAAGCCAGGACUUCUUGCUCCAGUAUUGCGGGUGGUCUACCAAGUCCGGAGCAACUCCAAAGCAUGGCCGAUCAGGCGACUGGAUCGCGCGGCAAGCAGCCAGUGAGUGCAAGGUCAGUUGGUCCCGCAGGCGUCCACUUUGCCGAGUAUAGCUCGGACAUGGAAUUCAGGGAGCCCCCGACCUUGAUAGCAAAGACCAGAAAUGCCAUUGAUAAGAUCAUGGCACCGCUCAAUAAGAUUGGCAAUUCCUUCAAAGGGAACAAAGUCCCCGGACGUCCUCGCAGAGGGAGUACAGGCAGCUUAGUGGAGGAUUUUGCAGGGACGCCCAGUAGGCUUGCUGAUGGAUUGAUGUUUGCUGGCAACCCCGUCAUCAGCCAUGCGAAUAGCUUGCGGCCAGAGCACAACCCAAGUGUGUUACGAACGCGAACAACGCGAACGAAUAUCUCGAACUGCCAGCCGCAAAAUGCAAGAGCUCCGAGCUCAGGUUCGAGGGGGACGACUUAUCCUGCUUUCAGGGCGCCACUUGCGACUCAUAUAGAAGAGGCUGAAGAGGAGCCGAGACCCGCAAUAACACCAAGCACGGCCGUGUACGAACUGCCUGAUACGAAUAUUGAACCUGAUCUCCAUUCAAGGCUUCGAGCAGCCGAGGCGCACCUCCGUGAGUUGCAGGAGAGCGCCGCCCAAAGGUCAAGGACACAACACGGCCAACGAAGACGAUAG